CGCAGAUUAGUGUCUAGUAUUAAAUAAAAAUUCAAAAUUGCUACAGAAAUGGAAGGUGUGAUCUCUGUAAUUCCAAACCGCAUACUCAAGCUUCACACUACAAGGUCUUGGGACUUCAUGGGUUUCUCCCAAGGCAAACUUGGACCUUCUCAAGAAGGACGUGUCAUUAUUGGUCUUCUGGAUACAGGAAUAUGGCCAGAAUCUGAGAGCUUCGAUGAUGAAGGAAUGAGUGCUCCUCCUGCUAAAUGGAAAGGAACAUGCCAGGGUGCUAACUUCACCUGCAACAAUAUGCAAAAUUAUUGCAGCAAGAUCAUAGGAGCCCGGUACUACAACAGCCUGAACCAGUAUGAUGUGAUUGACAUCAAAUCUCCUAGAGACUCUGAGGGACAUGGAACCCACACUUCUUCUACUGCAGCAGGACGAGAGGUGCCUGGAGCAAGUUACUUGGGGCUUGCUGAAGGAAUUGCAAGAGGUGGAGUUCCCAAUGCAAGGAUUGCUGUCUACAAAGUUUGUUGGUCGUUUGGAUGUUCUAGCACGGAUAUCAUGGCAGCCUUUGAUGAUGCCAUCGCUGAUGGUGUUGACGUUAUAUCUGUAUCCCUUGGUGAUGACUGGGCGUCAGCAUACUUCAUAGACCCAAUCGCCAUUGGAGCCUUCCAUGCCAUGAGAUAUGGCAUACUGACCUCAACUUCUGCUGGCAAUACUGGACCCUAUCCAUAUACAGUCUCCAAUUCUGCACCAUGGCUGUUGACGGUUGCUGCUAGCACCAUUGACAGGAAAUUUGUGGCAAAAGCUGCGCUUGGAAAUGGAAAAAUCUACUCUGGACUCUCCAUUAAUAGCUUUGAGCUUAAUGGGACCUCAUAUCCUUUGAUUUGGGGAGGAGAUGCAGCAAACUACUCAGCAGGUGCAAACUCAGACAUUUCAAGAUAUUGCAUACCUGGAUAUAUGAAUUCAUACAAGGUAGCCGGGAAAAUGGUCUUCUGUGAAACCCUUUGGGAUGGUUCUGGCAUUCUUUUAGCUAAUGGUGUUGGUGCCAUUAUGGCUGAUUCAUCUAUCACUGAUGUUGCUUUCAAUUAUCCCUUACCUGCAACACAAAUCAGCAAAGAAGAUGUUAGUUCUUACAAGUUUUAUUUCAGCAAUCCUAUUGCAACUAUUCUGGUUGGUGAGACUUGGAAGGAUGUCAUGGCCCCUUGCAUUGCAUCAUUCUCUCCGAGAGGACCCCACCCUAUCACCCUAGACAUUCUCAAGCCUGAUCUCACUGCUCCGGGUGUGGACAUCCUUGCUUCCUGGUCUCCUUUGGCACCACCUUCUAUUUACUGGGAGGACUCAAGGAGUGUGAAGUUCAACAUAGUGUCAGGCACAUCUGUGUCUUGCCCUCACGCCACUAGUGCUGCCGCCUAUGUUAAGGCUGCACACCCUGACUGGUCUGCUGCUGCCAUUAAGUCCGCCCUCAUGACCACAGCUUACAUCAUGGACUCGAGGAAGCACAGGGACCUUGAAUUUGCUUAUGGGUCUGGCCACAUCAAUCCAUUGCAAGCGGUAGAACCUGGACUUGUUUACGAUGCAUCUGAAGCAGACUACACUAACUUUCUCUGCAAGCAGGGUUACAACAGUACCACCGUCCGAUGGAUUACUGGCAGCAACAGUAGCGUUUGUAAUAGCUCAGAGCCUGGAAGAGCUUGGGACCUUAAUUACCCCACAUUUGCUUUAGCUGUGGAAGAUGGCCAACCCGUUGAGGGAGUCUUUACUAGGACAGUUACCAAUGUUGGCACACCAAAUUCAUCCUACAUUCUCAACAUGUACAUGCCAAGCAUGGUUAGUGUCACUGUGGAGCCUCCUGUUCUCUCAUUCUCUGCAAUAGGAGAGAAGAGAAGCUUCACAGUGAAGGUGAACGGCCCAAAGCUAAUGCAGCAACCAAUCAUGUCAGGUGCAAUCACAUGGAAAGAUGGGGUUCAUGUGGUGAGAAGCCCAUUAAUUGUGUUCAAUAUUCCCCCUGGAGCUGCUAAUUCUUCCCAUGGCAUUCCUUGGAAAACAACCAAAUUCGAUGGUCCUUCUAUGUAUCACAAGAAUGGCAUCCUUGGACGCAACUAAAUUCUGCACAAGAAUUUCGUUGCUUUUCAGAUGGUUUGGCCUGUAUCUGUCUGCAGUUGUGAUUGC